UGGAAGUUUGGAUAUAUAUGCAUGCAGCUGAUAGAGAAGAUUGAAUUGGUGGUUUUGCUGUAACAAGUUUCACACAUUUUCUCAUUUGGGUUAAUUUCAUGAUGAACAACAGGAUUCUUAUGGAUUUGUUAGGAUCCACAAAAGUUUCAUGGCAUCCAGACAUGGAUGUCGAUACAACCACAACAGCUUACUGGUUUAAUUGGAGGGUAUUACUUUGUGCCAUUUGGGUCAUCAUACCGAUGACUUUUGCAUCUUUUCUCAUAUGGAAAAAUGAAGGUUUUCGCGAGUCGAAUCGCGGCAGCAGCCGAGAAACAGAGAAAGAAGCACCAGGAGCUUUGUUUGAUGAUGAAACUUGGCGGCCAUGCUUAAAAGGAGUCCAUCCCGCUUGGCUCCUGUCUUUUAGAGUUAUUGCUUUCUUUGUUCUUAUGCUGUUGCUAGUAGUCACCGCUUUUGUAGAUGGAGGCAGCAUUUUUUACUAUUAUACUCAGUGGACUUGUACGUUAAUCACAGUCUAUUUUGGGCUUGGAUCAUUGCUCUCCAUAUAUGGAUGUUAUCAAUAUCAAAAAAGACUUUGUGGUGAAAAGGUUGGUAAUUUGGAGAUGGAUGCCGAGAAUGGAACUUAUGUGGCUUCUGCGCAAGGUGAAAAUUCUAACAAUGAGGCAAAAGUCACCAACACCGAUGAAGAAGCUCAUGUUCGCCAACGGGCUGGCUUCUGGGGCUAUGCCUUUCAAAUAAUUUUCCAGAUGAGUGCAGGGGCGGUUUUGCUUACAGAUUGUGUCUUUUGGUUCAUAAUCGUUCCAUUUCUUGAAAUCAACAAUUAUGGUCUGAACAUUUUGAUUAUAAAUAUGCACACAAUAAAUGCUGUUUUCCUGCUUGGUGAUGCUUCUUUGAAUUGCUUGCGCUUUCCUAUAUUUCGUGUUGCAUACUUCUACUUAUGGACAGUGACUUACGUUAUAGUCCAAUGGAUUGUUCAUGCUUGUGUUAAACUCUGGUGGCCAUACCCAUUUCUGGACUUGUCAUCUUCAUAUGCUCCUCUAUGGUACUUUUCAGUAGCAGUAAUGCAUAUCCCAUGCUAUGGCGCUUUCGCUUUAACAAUAAAGGUGAAACACUAUCUGCUGUCAAGAUGGUUCAAAAAUUCUUAUCUGUGUGCAAUGUAAACUUGGCCUGAAACUUCAUGAAU